CACAAUGACUUCACAAUAAACUGAAGUAAGGUUUACAAAAGUUUGUCAUCUUUACCGACAACCUUAAAAUUCUUAUAUGAAUGCUCUGACCACCGUCUCAACCCUCCGACGUUGCUCAACUUCACUUCUCGAAAACCUUCCGAUUCUACAGCUAAUCAAGCAAUGCACAUCCCCCAAGCUCCUGGACUCCGCUCUAGCCGCCAUGGUCAAAACCAGCCAAAACCAAGACUGUUUCUUUAUGAACCAAUUCAUCACAGCCUGCACCUCCUUCAACCGCCUCGACCUCGCCCUCUCCUCCGUGACCCAGAUGCAGGAACCCAACGUCUUCGUUUACAACGCGCUGAUCAAAGGCUUCCUCGCUUCCCCACACCCGAUCCGAUCUCUCGAGUUCUACGUCCGUAUGCUCAGAGACUCUGUUUCUCCGUCGAGCUACACGUACUCUUCCCUCGUAAAGGCGUCUCUUUUCGAUCGUAGGGUUGGCGAAUCGGUCCACUCGCACAUCUGGAAGUUUGGGUUCUGCUUCCAUGUUCAGAUUCAGACGACUCUGAUCGUGUUUUACUCUUCGUUUGGUAGAAUUAACGAAGCGCGGAAGGUGUUCGAUGAAAUGCCUGAGAGAGAUGAUUUCACCUGGACUACGAUGGUUGCUGCUUAUGUCCGUGUUUUUGAUAUGGACUCUGCGAAUGCUUUAGCUAACCGAAUGGUGGAGAAGAAUGGUGCCACGUGGAACUGUUUGAUUGAUGGGUAUAUGAAACUAGGGGAUGUGGAAGCAGCUGAGUCUUUGUUUGAUCAGAUGGCUGUGAAGGAUAUAAUCACAUGGACGAGUAUGAUCAAAGGCUACUCGUGUAACAAGAGGUACAGAGAGGCGAUCUCAGUGUUCUACAAAAUGAGGGAGGAAGGGAAUGUUCCUGAUGAAGUGACUAUGUCAACUGUUAUCUCAGCUUGUGCGCAUCUCGGCGUGCUGGAUAUAGGCAAGGAGGUUCAUAUGUACACGGUGGUGAAAGGGUUUGUUCUUGAUGUCUACAUUGGUUCUGCACUGGUGGAUAUGUACUCCAAAUGCGGUAGCUUGAAUCGAGCGCUUCUUGUGUUCUUUAAUUUACCUAAAAAGAAUCUCUUUUGUUGGAACUCGAUCAUUGAAGGGUUAGCAGCUCAUGGUUAUGCACGAGAAGCAUUGAGAAUGCUUGGCAAGAUGGAGAUGGAGUCGGUCAAACCUAACGCAGUCACUUUCGUGAGUGUUUUGACUGCGUGUACUCACGCGGGUCUUGUAGAAGAAGGCCAGAAGGUAUACCGUAGCAUGAGUGAUGAGUACUCCAUUGUCUCUAAUAUUGAACAUUACGGAUGCAUGGUUGCUUUAUUCAGCAAAGCCGGGUUGAUUCAAGAGGCUCUAGAGUUGAUUGGAAGUAUGGAGCUUGAACCAAACGCGGUUAUCUGGGGGGCGUUGCUUGAUGGGUGCAGGCUUCACAAGAACUUAGAGAUAGCUGAGAUAGCGUUUAAGAAACUGAUGGUUUUGGAGCCAAGGAAUAGUGGGUACUAUUCACUUUUAGUUAGCAUGUACGCAGGAGAAAACAGGUGGAGAGAUGUUGCAGAGGUGAGAGGAAGGAUGAGAGAGUUGGGUAUAGAAAAGAUAUGUCCAGGGACAAGUUGGAUCGAGUUAGAUAAACGAGUUCAUAUGUUUGCUGCAGCUGAUAAAUCUCACUCUGCUUCAGAUGAGGUUUACUUGUUGCUGGAUGAGGUAUAUGAACAGAUAGGAUUAGCUGGAUACGUACUGGAAUCUGAGGGUGUAUAUUAAGAGUUCACUAAAAGCUACUCAUUGGAACCUAUCUACACCAGAUGUUCAGGGGAGAGAGUUUUUUAGUGUACAUAUACUGUUGGGUGGGCUGUGCUUGAGUGAACCUGGGAUAAUCGAACUCGGCUUAUGUGCUGUAGCGUUUUGGUUUGGUUCAGGUUCUGUUCACCGGAAGCAUUGACCGUAAAGAUCGCCACUGCGAGAAAAGUCAGAUAUAUGUUUACCGCGUAACACAAAGUCAAAGCCCUUUGUUGACGGUGUUUUGAUUAUGUUUUACUUAUUUUGGAUAAUUACUUUUUGGAUAUUUGUAUAUAUUUUUAGGUAGUUAUUUUGGGCAAUUUCGAUUUUUUUUUUGAAAAAAAUUGAAUAACUUUUAGAUAA